AAUAAGUUACUUUUAAAAAAGCAGAAAGUGUACACUGAACUUGCAAUAAAUUUUUUAUAUUUUAAUAAUUGAAAUAUAUUACAUAUACAACAAAUGUUGCAUUUUUGUAUAUACGCACAAUUCUAUGUUGGAUUAUAAAUUUUACCCUUAAAUUGGGGGAUACAAUGAGGCCAGAAAUAUACGAUGCUACCACAGUUCAUGCUCAAUGCCAGGAAUUUUUUUUUACUGAUGGUUAUGUUUGCCUUUGUAACGACAGCAUGUACAAAAAAGACAAACGAUUAUGUUAUAAUGCUAAAGACCCACAAUGGGCGAGCACUACACAUAAAUGCCGGUGGCAAGGUGAUUGCAGAAGAUAUAUCGUUAGCACAGUUCUUCACAAUGGACAGUGUAGGAGAUUUUCUAAGCGACUACAAAAUUACAUUGUACUCAAAAGAGGUACGGCGUUAUUUAUGCUUCAAAAACGGCAGACUUGUUGGAUUGAAAAAUGCAACAAACGAUUGUCAUUUCAAGGAAUCGCUCGAUCACGGCUACUUCACAUAUGCAAAUGCUUACAACUCCACGCUACGUGUCGGUUUCACAAAAAAUUUUAAACCCAUUGGUCCACGACACUUGCUUCGGCCACAAAGUCUACGAAGAGCCUGUUUCCUAUUUGCGAAAAUCGAAGCUGAGUACUUCGAUCGCAAUUUCUUUACAACCACGACUACAACAACAACUACUACCACAACAACACAGUCUCCCCUAUUGAAUAACCGAAGAUUACACGAAGAUAAAACGAGUAUUAAUAGGCAAAAACAAAAUAAUAGCAACAACAACAAAAAUGGAGAUAUUCUCACCAAUGUUUUCGAUGCAGAAACACGUAAGCAAAAUCGCAUAAAGAAACUGAAUGGUGAGAAUGGCAACAACCAUGAGCAACAGCAUGCUUUAGAAGGCGUACAAUACGUGACACAUAUACAACGUCAAAAUCAACGAAAAAGGAAACAUCCAAUAAAGUCUUCAGCAAUGCCGCCACAACCAAAAAAUCUAGUACGCCAUCACCACAACAAUAGUACAUUGCUUGAAAAACGUCGUCAGCACGACCGUGAACAGAAACAACGUAAAUUGCGUAAGGAUAUUCAGCGACAAAAUAAAUAUCAACAGCAAAACAACACAAUACCAGUUGCAACAUCAUCAGCGUCAUCUAGCGCAACAACAUCUGCCACAGCAACUGCAACAGCAACUGCACUUACAGCAACAGCCUCGCUAGCACCGUCAGCGCUGAAUAUUGUCGCAAUGCUAGCAGCAAGUCGUCGCAAGCGUGGCAGACGGAAAAAGGAUAAUGUGACUGGUAGCAGUGGUAGUAGCACUACUGAACGCCAACAGAUGGAUAUGCAAAUUGUUGCACAAACUACCACAACUACAACUAUCAAACCAAUCACUGAACAUGAGCGCUACUACGAUGACAUCGAAGCCGUAGAUCAACGUUUGCGGCAUCAUCACUACGAACAUCAGUUGCAACAGUUAAAGUACCAUGAACAUUUGCGGCAACUUAAAGAAGAACAACAACAUCAAUAUCAGCAGCAACAUGAACACAAUUAUCAUCAGCAAAUAUUGCCACCAGUGAGCGACAGUCUUAGCAAUAGUAAUGUUAGAUUAAAUGCUGACUAUCAGCUGCAGCAACCAGAUGUGUCGCAGCAACAGCAGCAGCAACAGCAGCUACAAAACGAAUACUCAAAUAGUAAUGUUAAUAGUAAUUUAAAUAGUAAUUAUGUUAAAGCAAUACCUGCCUUGCCAAAAAACUUCUUGUAUAGUAAUAAUUAUAAUAAUAAUAAUGAAAACGCUAAUAUUAAUGUUGAUAAUCAUAAUGAUUAUGACAGUAAUAAGAAUAAUUAUAAUGAUAAUAAGUAUGAUAGUAAUUCUAAUAGUAGAUCGACUGAUUAUAGUAGUAAUCCUAAGUAUAGUCAACAAAGUAGCCAUAGUAGUUCUAAUAAACACAAUAAUAAUCAAUAUAAUAAUUAUAAUAAUAAUUUAAAAGUGUUAGGCGAAGACGAUGCAACUGCAACUGCAACUGCAACUGCAACUGCAACUGCCGACAGUAGUGUCAGCAGCACCGACAGUACAGGCAGUAGUGAAACGAUAACAAAUACGAAUACGAAUACAAAUAUUAAUAGUAAUUAUAAUGAAGAUAAUGAUGACAAUAAUUUUAUGCUUAAUUAUCAUCAUAUGCCGCUUAUAAAUAUUUAUCGAAAUCGAAUUAAUAUUAAUAAUGAUUAUGAAAAUAAUAAUCAUGAUGUUAAUAGUAAUAGUAAUAAUAAUAAUAAUCAUAAUGGUAAAAGUAAUAAUCCAGUUGAUUAUGUUAACGAUAAUCCAGUUGAAAGUUUACAAAGCAACAUUAAAAAUAAUGAUAAUAUCAAUGAUCAUAAUGAUCAUUUUUUUGAUGUUAAUAAUCAUCAUCAUGUUAUUAAUAAUAAAAAUGAUGAUGAUAGUAAUACUUCAUUGCGUUACAAACAUCUAGACGAAGUUAACAUAACUUUAAUUGAUAGCAAGGGUGUGAAGGGUGUAAACAGUUCAGUACGUCCUCGUAUGCCCAUGGUAUAG